AUGUGUAAGGGGCUCUCGUCCCUGCCCUCCUCAUGCCGGGAGAAGGCAAAGGAGAUGCGGGUGAAGUUAAGCCAUCUGACUGAGACACACCACAAGCACAAGGUUCAGGAGGUAAAAGCUCCACAGGACCUAGAAACUCUGCUGACCAACAAAAGUGGUCUGCAGUUGUUUCGUGGGUUCCUUCGUUCGGAGUUCAGUGAGGAGAACCUGGAGUUUUGGUUGGCCUGUGAGGACUACAGAGUUUCUCCCUCACACCUGCAGAAGACCAAGGGCAGCAACAUCUACAGUCAGUUCAUCAACCCUGACGCCCCACAGGAGGUAAACUUGGAUGCUGAGACCCGGGAGGCUCUGCUGAGUGUGAUGGACUCUCUGCAUGUUGACACAUUUAACAUGGCGCAGCAGAGAAUCUACACUUUGAUGGCCAAAGACUCCUUCCCCAGGUUCCUGCGCUCCCUGCAACGCAUGGACAGUAUCAAAGCAAUCUAAGCAUGUCGUUUAUUUUGGUAGAAUUGCUUUAGAAAUAAGUGUUGAUCUAUCUGUGCCACUGCUGUUAGACAUGGUGAUUGUAUUUCAAAAGAUAUCCUAAAAAGAAGCUUGUUUUGUGAUAGUUUUUCAUUUCAUUUUGUGCACAGUAGUUUUAUUGCAUGUUGUUAUUAGUACGCUAGCUUGUAGUUGUGUCUGAAAAUUAUAACAUUAUAAAGCUUGGAAUCUGAAUUAGACAGCAUCUUUGGACUGUAAGCUACAAUAAAUACCACAUAUAAUAGAGCUCCUUUGUGCCACAGGAUUUUUAUUCUAAAAUUAGUACCAAAAAUGAGGAAAUUUGUGUUUGGUAGAUUACAAAUUUCUCAGUUUCUCAAUGGACCAUUGAAGUGAUGACAAGCUCUUAAGCAGUUAGUGUUAAAAGGCUUCUUCUGAAAAAUUAAAGCUGGUAUAAAAUUUAUAUAAACUUAGCACAAAAAGCAAAAGACAGCCUACGGUACCAAAGUGCUGACAGGGUGAGGAAACAGUCUUCUUGUGACGCCCACUUCGCAUCCUGUCUCUUACAUCCCCCGUUAUAUGUAACUUGGCCUUCAGUUUGGAGAUGGUACUAGGGUUCACUCCAAACAAUGCUGUAACUUGGUUUUUGCGGAACACCAGCUUGAUGUUGCCCUAUCGCAGGGGCCCUGUCCAGAUCAGUGAAACGUGGCAUGCCGAUUCUUGGAGCAGACACCUACUGACCACUGUAGCAGGGUCCAUACUCACAGUUGCUGCCAAUCAGGCAUCUGAUUGACAGCACCUGUGGGUACCAGAAGCUCAAAACAAGAGUCAGUAGCAGCAGCAAAAUAAGCUGUUUGGCACUGGCAGGGAUUAGGCUAAUUUUUCAUGGGCGACCCACAUACUCAGCUCUG